CAUAUUUGGCGAGUUUAGGAGUCAUCCAGGGGUGGACUGACCAUUUGGAAACUCGGGCACUGCUCGAGGGCCCGGGUCAGUAGGGGGCCCCAUGAAAUGCCCCUGGUCCCUUUUUCAUAGGCUUUUGUGAGUUUGGGAAAGGACACAGGGGCCCCAUGAUCCCCUAUUGCCCGGGGGCCCCAAGAGUUGUCAGUCCACCCCUGGAUACGCCACUGCUCCAGUACAGUAAAGCAAAGGCAUCAUUCUUUACACCCAUAUUUAUUUAUUUC